GAAAAUGUUUUGUGGUCAAUGUUGAUAAUGAGGGGUGGAGGUAUUUAGGAUAGAAAAUAAGAGUUAUUUGUCAAAAAAUGGCUGAAGGUUCCUCCGUAUUAAAUCAAGAUGAUGUGGUAUGUCGAUUUUUUCUUUAUUCGUCCUGUAAAGAGGGUGAUAGAUGUCCAUUUUCUCACGACACUUCUCGUCGCACACCCGAUUCUGUAUGCCGUUACUACCUGCAGGGAAAAUGUCAAUUUGGUGACCAUUGCAGAUUCGAUCACAUACCAAUGAAGGAUGGAGAAAAUUUUAAGCAACGUUAUCGCAGUGACAGACAUUCUGCUGGAUCUUCUCGUCAACAGUUCGAAUGUCGCAACUCGCAUGCAGCCAGGCCUGAUUCAAACAAGAAAGAUGCUUACCAACCAAGGUAUAGUUUUCUUCACCGCAAUGCAUUUAAAAAUGAUGUUUCAAAUUCGGGAAUGAGUGGCCCUCACUCAUCUAAUUGGGUAAAUGCUCCCGAAUUCGUUCCGAAAACUGUUAGAUCAUAUGCAGACACAGUAAAAUCCACAAUAUUUACAAAUCCUGAGCCCGACAAAAUGCAUUCGGAAGAAUUAUGUGCUGCUUUUAUGGAAGAUGCAUGCCCAUUUAACGACCAGUGCCCCUUUGUUCAUGGAAAUGUUUGUGAACUGUGUAGUAAGGCGUGCCUUCAUCCUUACGACGAGAAACAGCGCAAAGAACACACCGAGCAAUGUGAAAAAGAGCUUGAACAAGACAUGGAAUUAGCCUUUGCUGUGCAGCGUAGCAUCGACAAGACCUGUGGCAUCUGUAUGGAUGUCAUCAUGGAAAAGGAUCCGAUCAGCGAACGCCGAUUCGGGAUAUUGGAAAAGUGCAAUCAUGUAUUUUGUCUGAGCUGUAUCAGGAAAUGGCGGCGCUCGAAAGAAUUCGGAAGCAACCAGCACAUCGACAGCGUGUUGGAUCCGGUUGUCACCCGCGCCUGUCCCGAAUGCAGGGUUGCAUCUGAUUUUAUCACACCGAGCUUGUACUGGGUGGACACAGAAGAAGAAAAGAAAAAACUGAUCACUGAAUAUAAAGGUGCAUUAAGUAAAAAGCCUUGCAAGUACUUCAAACAAGGGGAAGGAACAUGUCCAUUCGGCGGGGCUUGUUUUUAUCUUCAUGCAAAGCCCGACGGCACUAAAGUCGAAUUACCACCUCCGACACGAAGGCGGCGACAAAAUCAAGAUGGAGAACUAGAUUAUAUGGGAAGAAUAUUCUUGUGGGAUUACUUGGAGUUUAGAGAAGAAAACAUUUUGUUGCAUUUAGAUAUUGAUGAUCAUCUUGUAUACACUUGGUCUGAAUCAGAUGAUGAUGCUUCCGAUGUUAGCGAUAACUUUUUUUUGAGUGAAUCCUUCUGAAGAAGAAGAUAAGUUUGUAGAAUCUUUCUACAGUUAGCAAAAUCUUAAGUUGUAUUCCAGUUUUUUCCUACCAUGUCCAUUUUCGUGUGUGAAUAAACACAGGAAUCAUAAAUAAUGUUACUUUUAGACUACAAAUCAUUAGGAUUUGAUGCUUUUCGAUGCUGCACGUAUACAAUACUCCCCAUUUACUGUUUAAUGAAUUUCAGAUGAAAAUAUACAGGGUGCACAUAGGUAAAUUGUGUUAUGUUUCCUGUUGCCACCAUUGGAGGAUGUCAUUUUAUCAAUGUUCCAAAUGUAUCUAUUUACUACAAAUGAGUCCUAGAGAAAAAAUUAAUAUUGCUCGAGCGUAAUUUUCAAAUAUGAAUGACAAGAAAUGAAGUUAUUACAUGUUGUAAUGCUGUAAAUCUGUGCUUGCAACUAGGAUGUGAAUAACAAGACGCUUUAUUAUGAAGAAAAGUCUAUUGGUGUUGUAUAUGCCUUAGAAUAACUUUGCAAAAGCCGAGAGAAAAAGUUGAUGAACAUGUGAUUAUAUAUCACCUUUAUUCAGAGCCAUUUUGCCAUCCAUAUCCAAAAUGUCCAAUUCUACAUAAACAUUUUUAACAAUAACUCUUUUAUGCUCUCUUCAUGUCUUUUGUUUAUGAAUUGGCAUUUUAGUUUUAUACAUAUUGGAGAUGUUUUUCCCGGUAUUAUGUUUAGGGAUUUAUAAUGUUUGUUCUUGAGUAACUGAAUAACAUUCUAGGUGACUUAAAGUUUACCUUGAAGUAGAUUAAUUUUGCAAUGCAAAAUUUUUCAACAUUACAUCAAACAUUGACUUCACUGAAACUUUGAAAUGUUAGUACUCAAAAUCCUUUCUCGGUGAAACUUAACAAAAAAAAACUUUGGUAUGUAUAUUAUUCGGUGACGUAAGCUUUAAAAUAUCUAACCCUUGUUAGAAUAUGUUUUGUGAUACACAUUUCGAUCUUUCAAUGAAUUUAUUAAGCGUUGGUUCAUGUUUUGCUUGUAAUCAUAAAAUGUAUUAACUUCAAAAAAGCAAAGAAAAGGAAAUUAUCUUUUUAUUCAGCUGCCAAAAUUAAAUACUCUUUUACUUAUGUUGAAUCAUAUAUAUAUAAGGGAAUGAAAACGUGAUAUCUACUUUACACGUUGUGUUCGUAAGUUGCUUGAAGUAACUCUUGAUUUUUCUGAAUAAAGAUGCAUAUACCAGUU